UGCAGUCUCUCCUCCUUCUUUCUUCGAUUUCAAUAUCAGUUUCGCCCUCCACACGAAUCACCUCAUCUGGGCUCUCUGUUCCCUUAACAAGCCUCAGCUUCAGAUCCCCUUUCAGCUUCAAAGCGAGGCCUCACUCUCCGGUAGACAAAAUGGACAGGAGCUCAAACAAGAAGAAGAUCAAAAAGAGGAAAGAAGAACAAGAGAUUGUUGGUUCUGAUGAUGCCUGGUGGUGGCUGUUGCACAAGGGAAUCACAGCUUCCUUCUUGUGCAUUGCAUUGUUUUCGCUUUUGGUUCGAGUUGCAGUCUCACUCCAUCCUUACUCUGGUGCUGCAACUCCUCCCAAGUUCGGCGACUUUGAAGCUCAGCGGCAUUGGAUGGAGAUCACCCUCAAUCUUCCUGUUAAGGAAUGGUAUCGCAACAGCACACUCAAUGACCUCAGCUACUGGGGUCUCGACUACCCCCCUCUAACGGCUUAUCAGAGCUAUGUUCAUGGUCUGUUCCUCAGAUUCUUUAGUCCUGAGUCAGUCGCCCUCUCCACUUCGCGCGGCCAUGAGUCCCAUUUGGGGAAACUUCUUAUGAGGUGGACAGUGUUAUCAUCCGACGCCUUGGUGUUCUUUCCUGCUGUUUUUUACUUUAUUGUUGUUUACUAUGGUGGCCGUAAUCAAAGUGGUCGUAUGGGUGGCAUAGCGUGGCACAUUGCAAUUAUUUUACUCAAUCCGUGCCUGAUCUUAAUCGAUCAUGGCCAUUUCCAGUACAAUUGCAUCAGCUUGGGUCUGACUGUGGGAGCUAUUGCCGCUAUUCUUUCUGACAGAGAUCUUUCAGCAUGCGUCUUAUACAGCCUUGCUCUCAACCACAAACAGAUGAGUGCAUAUUUUGCUCCUGCAUUUUUCAGCCAUCUUCUGGGUAAGUGUAUAAGGCGUCGGUAUCCACUUCUCGAAGUUUUUAAACUGGGGCUUGUGGUCUCAGGAGUGUUUCUUGUUGUAUGGUGGCCAUACGUUCACUCAAUGGAAGCGUUCUUUGGGGUUCUUUCUCGUCUUGCUCCUUUUGAGAGAGGGAUAUAUGAGGACUAUGUCGCUAACUUUUGGUGCACCACUUCCGUUCUUGUAAAAUGGAAAAGAUUGUUUCCAACACCUCAAUUGAAGGUUCUCAGCCUUGGUGCAACUAUUUCUACUUUUCUGCCUUCAAUGAUUCAGCAGAUAUGGGAUCCAAGUAAGAGAGGUUUCUUGUAUGGGUUACUGAACAGUGCUUUAUCAUUUUAUCUGUUUUCAUUCCAAGUGCACGAGAAGUCUAUAUUGUUGCCUCUCCUACCAGCUAGUCUUUUGGCAAGUGAAGAACCUUUCCUACUCACCUGGAUGACACUUAAUGCCUUAUUCUCAAUGUUCCCUCUUCUACAUCGUGACAAGCUGGUUUUACCAUAUCUUGCGCUAUCUACUCUUUUCAUACUUUUGAGCCUGUUGCCGAACAGAAGACGGGAUACAAGGGAGACAAAUACCUUCAGAUCCUUUGCAAGCAUGCUCUUUCUUCUGUGCUCACUCAUACUUCAUGUUGUUUAUUUAACCAUGACUCCACCCCAAAGAUAUCCCUUCCUAUUUGAAGCUUUGAUUAUGCUUCUUUGCUUUUCCCAGUUCACAUUCCUAACUAUGUAUACUAAUGCAAAACAAUGGAUGUUGCUGAAACACUCCAACUAUAAAGAAAAAGAAAAGAAGCUCCUUUGAGCCAUGUAUACGGUGUAACAAGUUUAGGAUUUUUAUACAAAGAUACAACUUUCUUUUUGAAGGUUUGAUUGUACUUCUUUGGUUCUGUCAGUUCAUGAUCCUAGUCAUUACUAAUUCAAAACAAUGGAUGUUGUUUCAACACUGCAACUUUUCAAACAUGUUGGAUCUGAUUAAAGAUUGUAUUGAGAUUUUGAAUUUGACCUGUA